AUGGCGACUCACAUGUCAGCAGCUCCGCUGCCAGCAACCACUGGCCGGACCCACGCGCGGGGUCCCAAGGACACCACCUCGACCGGAACUGUCGUGAGCCCUGCGACAACUGUGAAUCGCAAGAAACAGAAGCGCCGACAGAAACAAGCUGCCCGCUUAGCCGCGGAACAUCCCGAGGCGUUCGCGUCUGGCGACGUCGACUCGCUAGCCGCAGACGAGCAGCGCUCUUUUGACGACCCCGAAUCCGACCAUGACCACGACCAUUCAGAUCACGACCACACAUCUUCCGUUGCCCGUUUGGAAUAUGGCUCGUCAAAUCGACCCCGCAGCCCGCCCACCAUGAACGGACCCCAUGAUCACGGCGCUACCCCAAACGAGACAUCGAAACGGAAGAAAAGCAGGAAAACUCGCUCCGACUCCCAUACCCUUGGCGACGCCCGAUCAACUCCUCUCGCUCAUUCCUCCGCAACCCUUUCGCAUCCUCCACCGCCUCCCCAGGCCUUGCCCUACAUAAGUCGGUUCACCGGAAAGCCAAUGAAAAACACCAGUAUCUGGAAUCAAUCGUCUCUGGAAGAGCGCGAGAACAUACGGACUUUCUGGUUUGAGCUCGGCGAAGAAGAACGGCGACAGCUUGUUAAAGUGGAAAAGGACGCCGUUCUGAAGAAAAUGAAAGAGCAACAAAAGCACUCCUGCAGUUGUACCGUUUGUGGAAGGAAGCGAACCGCGAUUGAAGAAGAGCUCGAGGUUCUUUACGACGCUUACUACGAAGAGCUCGAACAGUACGCGAACAAUAAUCAAGGCGCAUUCGAAGAGGGAGCUCCAAUAAUUCCUCCGCCCCGGUUAUAUCAACCGCCACUUCGAUCGCCGGGGCAACACACUCGCACUCAUGGCCAAUAUCAUCCAUCUCGGAGUCGUGUCCAGGAGCUACCCGAAGACCAUGAAGAGGAGCUCGAGGAGGACUAUGACGAGGAAGAGGAAGAUGACGAUGAAGAAGAGGAGGAUGAAGAUGAGGAAGAUGAGGAGCUUUACAGUGAUGAAGACCUCGAGGACGAUGAAGCUCGGGCAGCCCGGGCAGAUUUCUUCGCAUUCGGCAAUAGCUUAACUGUAAAAGAUGGCAUACUCACCGUUGCUGACGAUCUCCUGAAAAAUGAUGGCAAGCACUUCAUUGAUAUGAUGGAGCAAUUGGCAGAACGGAGGAUGCAAAGAGAAGAAGACACACAGUACGGAAUAGCUGCCGCUCAUCAGACAUUCCAUGGGCAUAAUCAUGGCCCCUUGGAUGAGGAUGAUUAUGACGAUGACGACGAAGAAGAGGAAGAUUAUGACAGCCAAGAGGAGGAGGAAUUUGAUGAGGAUGAGAUGGAUGCCAUGACCGAAGAGCAGCGCAUGCAAGAAGGGCGGCGAAUGUUCCAAAUAUUUGCCGCCCGGAUGUUCGAGCAACGAGUCAUGACAGCAUAUCGAGAGAAAGUUGCGGAACAACGCCAGAAACAGCUAAUUGACGAGCUCCUCCAAGAAGAGACGUUGAAUGAGCAGCGGAACGCUAAGAAGGCCAGGGAAGCGCAAAAGAAGAAGGACAAGAAACGGUUACAAAGGCAGGCGAAGGAAGAGGAAAAGGCCCGUCGAGAUGCCGAGAAGGCUGCUGAAGAGGCCGCCAUUAAGGCUGCCCAAGAGAAGAAGUCAGAAGAACAACGGCUAAAACGGGAAGAACAGCGGAAGAAGCGUGAAGCUGAGAGGAAGGCCCAGGAAGAAGAUCGUGCUCGUAAAGAAGCGGAGAAGCAACGGCGACUCAAAGAGGAACGUGAACGACACGCCGAAGCUGAGCGCAAGCAGCGGGAACAGAGAGAGGAAAAGAAGAAGCGGGAAGAGGCUAAGCGCAAGGAGAAAGAAGAUCGUGAGGCUCAGGAGAAGAGUGCUAAAGAAGACCUCGAGCGCAAGACACGGGAAGAGCUGGCGCGCAAAGACCGAGACGCGAUGCGAGAGCAAGAAAUUCGGGAUCGUGGCGGCAGGCGCGAACACGUCAGGACAUCACCACCGCACACCUUGCCAGGUGUUAUUCCACAUAAUAUCCCGACUCAGCCUCCUCCCGGCUUCGCACAAUCCCCACAUUAUCCAAUGGCGACGCCCGUCGUUCCCAAGGCGUCAACUCCUGUCAGACCUCGUCAACAAUCCCAUCACGGCUCUUCUACCUCUUCUCCACACUCGCAACCCAACAGCGCCGACUCUCACCACCCUUCAAUCUCCCCACGCUCCAUGGGCCAUUCGCAAUCUGGAGGAGCUUUUGGUGCCAGACAAGGCUACCAACAACCUCCAUUGCAUCACCCUCAGCCUUCAGCCCCCUCUCUCCACUGGGUCGAUCAAACCCUCCAGGAUUUCCAGGCCUCGGUGGUCUUCCAUUCAACCCCCUGUGGAAUUGCUGCGCCGCCUGGCAUGAAUGGCGUUCGUCCUGUUCCGCCGGGUCGUGCGUUCCCAUCUGACUCCGGGCAUGGUCUUUCUUUUGCUAGCACCCACGGAAUGCCCGGUGCAUUCCCCCUGCAGCAAGCGGGCCUGUCCAAGACUCAUUCAAGACAACCCUCUACCUCAUUUGACCGCUCUCCGCUGGAAUCAGGCACCCAACCUUUCCCCAUCACAAGACCGAGCCCUAUCAAGCGCCCAUCUAGCUCAGCCCAGGACCAACAGAACCAUGGAACAUCUUCGGUUCAGCGAGAUAUUGACGGUCUGAGUGCUCAUCUCGGUAGCAGUGCUCUCCUUGAUGAUACUGACAUCACUUAUCCGUCAAAUCUGUCCCAGUCACUGCCUGGUGCUCCUGCACCUGGUCCGUUCCCGGGACCGACUAGAGCUAGCUUCCAGGGUGCCUCGUUGUUUGCAGACCCUCUAGGAUCACCGCAGCCUAGCUUUGCUGUUGGCUCCCCCAUUGGUAAUAGCACAUGGGGUCCGCCUACGCCUUUCGGAGGCUCUGCGUUCCCAGGUGCUUCUUCCACAUGGGGACCUGCUUCGGCCGGGUCUGGCGGUUGGCCUUCUAAUAACGCAUUCGCAGCCAGUGCGUCUCACCGGCCGCAUACCUCGCGACCAGUCAUGAUUCGCUUAUUGGUCAUACAAGCCUGCAAACACCUUGAUUCAACAAUGAGUCCCCGCAAGGCCGGAAGCUUCCACAAUGUGAAUCUUGUCCUCGCACAGGUAGAUCAGCUGCGCAACCCGAAAGAUUCUUUCAUUUCUUUGGAAGAAAUGCUUGACAUUUGCGAUACAGAAGGCAACCCGCAGAACGGCGGCGGCUCCUUCUCAAUUAAGCAAGGCCCUGGUGGCCAGUCUAGCGACCAGUCUGUUCGGUUUGAGCCCGAUCCCAAUAGCGCGGUCCCUGGCCACAGGGGCAGCAUUGUUCCUGGUGAUAUUGGCAGCCCGGUUCCUUCCAACAGCCACCCAGCUCCCUUUGCUGGCUUUGGCGCUCAGUCUGGAUUGCGGAAGUACUCAUCACCACCGACUGGCGGGCUCUUCGGCGGGUCUCCUCUGACUUGA